GCUGUGCUGCGGCUCGGGCGCCCGCGCUCGGCGCUGCUGUGGGCGAGCGGCCCCGAGAGCUCCCGGGGGGCAGCUGUGUGGUAGUGCUGUUGAAGAGCUGACCUGCACAGGCCAGAGAUGUGUGCUCACUGCUGCUCCGCGCCCAGCUUGGACCAGCUUCCUGCCAGCUUGAUCCCGUGCUUGGAUUCCAAGGUGACCAUGGAGGCCGGUGGGCUGCCCCUGGAGCUGUGGCGCAUGAUCCUGGCCUACCUGCACCUUCCGGACCUGGGCCGCUGCAGCCUGGUGUGCAGGGCCUGGUACGAGCUGAUCCUUAGCCUGGACAGCACGCGCUGGCGCCAGCUCUGCCUGGGCUGCACCGAGUGCCGCCACCCCAACUGGCCCAACCAGCCCCACGUGGAGCCCGAGUCAUGGCGGGAGGCCUUCAAGCAGCACUACCUAGCCUCGAAGACGUGGGCCAAGAACGCCCUAGACCUCGAGUCAUCCGUCUGCUUCUCGCUCUUCCGCCGGCGGCGGGAACGGCGCACCCUGAACGUGGGGCCGGGCCACGAGUUCGACAGCCUGGGCAGCGCCUUGGCCAUGGCCAGCCUCUACGACCGCAUCGUGCUGUUCCCGGGCGUGUACGAGGAGCAAGGCGAGAUCAUCCUGAAGGUGCCCGUGGAGAUCGUGGGUCAGGGCAAGCUGGGGGAGGUGGCCCUGCUGGCCAGCAUCGACCAGCACUGCUCCACCACGCGCCUGUGCAACCUCGUCUUCAUGCCCGCCUGGUUCUCCCCCUUUAUGUUCAAGACAACAUCGGGGCACGUCCAGUUUGACAACUGCAACUUCGAGAACGGCCACAUCCAGGUCCACGGCCCGGGCACGUGCCAGGUGAAGUUCUGUACCUUCAAGAACACGCACGUCUUCCUGCACAAUGUGCCCCUGUGCGUCCUGGAGAACUGUGAGUUUGUGGGCAGCGAGAACAACUCCGUGACGGUCGAGGGCCACCCAUCAGCUGACCGGAACUGGGCCUACAAGUACCUCCUGGGGCUCAUCAAGUCUUCACCCAGCCUGCUCCCCACCGAGGACUCAGACGCGCUGAUGUCCCUGGACCUGGAGAGCAGGGACCAGGCAUGGAGCCCUAAGACGUGUGACAUCGUCAUCGAGGGGAGCCAGAGCCCCACCAGCCCCGCCUCCAGCUCCCCAAAGCCCGGCUCCAAGGCCAGCUCCCAGGACACGGAAGGGGGCAGCGACGGGGAGCGCGUGGCCCAGACCCCGGACAGCAGCGACGGGGGCCUGAGUCCCAGCGGCGAGGACGAGGACGAGGACCAGCUGACCUACCGGCUGUCCUACCAAGUGCAGGGCCCCCGCCCGGUCCUGGGGGGCUCCUUCCUGGGUCCCCCGCUGCCGGGCGCCUCCAUUCAGCUGCCCAGCUGCCUCGUGCUCAACUCCCUGCAGCAGGAGCUGCAGAAGGACAAAGAGGCCAUGGCCCUGGCCAGCUCCGUGCAGGGCUGCCUCAUCCGUAAGUGCCUGUUCCGGGACGGGAAGGGCGGCGUGUUCGUGUGCUCCUACGGCCGUGCCAAGAUGGAGGCCAACGUCUUUCGGAACCUGACCUACGCCGUGCGCUGCAUCCACAACAGCAAGAUCGUCAUGCUCAGGAACGACAUCCAUCGCUGCCGGGCCUCAGGAAUCUUUCUUCGCUUGGAGGGAGGAGGCCUGAUCGCUGGCAACAACAUCUACCACAACGCCGAGGCAGGCGUGGACAUCCGAAAGAAGUCCAACCCGCUCAUCCUGUGCAACCAGAUCCACCAUGGCCUGCGCUCUGGCAUCGUCGUCCUCGGCAACGGGAAAGGUGUCAUCAGGAACAACCAGAUCUUCUCAAACAAGGAGGCUGGCAUUUACAUCCUAUACCACGGGAACCCCAUUGUGAGUGGGAACCACAUUUUCAAGGGCCGUGCAGCGGGCAUCGCGGUGAAUGAGAAUGGCAAAGGCCUCAUCACAGAGAACGUCAUCCGGGAGAACCAGUGGGGCGGGGUGGACAUCCGCCGGGGUGGCGUGCCCGUGCUCAGGAGCAACCUCAUCUGCUUCGGCUACUCGGACGGUGUGGUUGUGGGCGACGAGGGCAAAGGGCUGAUCGAGGGUAACACCAUCUAUGCCAACAAGGGCUGCGGGGUGUGGAUGAUGUCAUCCAGCCUGCCCCACGUCACCAGCAACCAUGUCAGCUACAACGGCCUGUACGGAGUGGCCGUGUUCAGCCAGAAGGAUGGCUCAGGCGAGCUCCCGGGAGGCCACGGGGCCCAGGAGAACUUCAGCGAGGACGGGGACGCCAUCCUCUGGGAGACCGAGCUGGAGAAGGACGAUGACCCGCUGCGCCGGCCCGUCACUGUGGCUCUUGUGGAGUCCAACAGCAUCAACCACAACGGGGCCUCGGGACUGUACGUGCAGAGCAGCGAGGCGCUGCACGUGGUCACCAACGUGAUCCACGCCAACGGGGACCGAGGCAUCACCGUGGCGCAGAGCAGCCAGCUCACCCGGGUGACCAACAACAGCAUCUCCUGCAACCGGCAGAGCGGGGUCCGGGUGGAGGCGCCAUGCAAGGUGGAGCUCCGGGGCAACGGCGUCUACGACAACCGUGGCCACGGCGUCAUCACCAAGGGCGACAGCACGGUGGUCAUCGAGAACGACAUCAUCGGCAACCGGGGUAGCGGGCUGCAGCUGCUGCCCAGGUCCGACACCAAGGUGAUAAAGAACCGGAUCCACUCGUUCCGGGCCUACGGCAUUGCUGUGCGUGGCCGCGCCAAGGCCCUGGUGCAGGAGAACAUCAUCUUCCAGGGCAAAAACAACAAGACCAUCUUUCAGCAGAUUGCAAACAACCGGGACUGCGUCAUGCAGAACAACAAAUUCUUGGUCUUCAAGAAAAAAUCAGACACAUGGCGCCUCAUGAACCCCCCAGCGCGGCCCCACCUAGAGAAUGCCCUCCGGGGCCCCUCAUCAGCCCACAGUGGGCAGAAGGUGACGGCCAUGGCGACCCGGAUCUCAGCCCGCGUGGAAGGCGGUUACCACAGCAACCGCAGCAUCUUCUGCACCAUCCUAUGAGAAGAGGAGCCCUCGGUGUGGGCCGUGGGGCUGGCCCAAGACUCUGGGAACAGCCCCUCUCACUGCCUGCUCUCGAGGUGCUGUGACUAAGAGGCCGUGGGGUAGAAGACACAGUAACCUGUGAGGGCACUGGGUCGGGUCCCCAUUGUCCUCAACUCCCCAGGCUCCCUGGGGAACUCAGAUCAUUAACCCGCCCACUCCCACCCCACUGCCUUUCUGCCCCAAGGUCCUCCACAUGGGACAUUGGGAGGAUGAUUCUCGAGGAGAAAACAGAACCAAAGGUGGUGGGC